CUCCAUUUCUCAUUUUCAUCCCUCCCGACAUCCCCCUUGCUCCCACUCCCUACCAGACCAGAGGUGAGAAUAGGCUUGGAGUAUAUCUAUCUCUUCGAAUCCAUCUUACUGACGUUCACUUCCAAGGCCUCCUUCCACUCGAUAACCUACCCCCCCCUUCUUGCCCUGUCGCCAGAGAACCUUUUUUCAGAAUGUCUGCUCCCGCCCACAAGUUUAAGGUCGCCGAUCUUUCCCUCGCUGCCUUUGGCCGCAAGGAGAUCGAGCUGGCCGAGAAUGAGAUGCCAGGUCUCAUGGCUACUCGCAAGAAGUAUGCUGCCGACCAACCUCUGAAGGGUGCCCGUAUUGCUGGGUGCCUGCACAUGACGAUCCAGACUGCUGUCCUCAUCGAGACUCUUGUCUCCCUGGGUGCCGAGGUCACCUGGUCAUCAUGCAACAUCUUCAGCACACAAGACCACGCUGCCGCUGCCAUUGCCGCUGCCGGCGUUCCCGUCUUCGCCUGGAAGGGCGAGACCGAGGAUGAGUACAACUGGUGUCUCGAGCAGCAGCUCGUCGCCUUUAAGGAUGACAAGAAGCUGAACCUGAUUCUCGAUGACGGUGGUGACUUGACCCACCUUGUCCACGACAAGUACCCCGAGAUGCUCGAGAACUGCUUCGGUGUCUCGGAGGAGACCACCACUGGCGUCCACCACCUCUACCGCAUGGUCAAGAACGCGUCCCUCCUCGUCCCGGCCAUCAAUGUCAACGACUCCGUUACCAAGUCCAAGUUUGACAACCUCUACGGCUGCCGCGAGUCGCUGAUUGACGGUAUCAAGCGGGCGACUGAUGUCAUGAUUGCUGGCAAGAUCGCUGUUGUUGCCGGCUUCGGUGACGUCGGCAAGGGUUGUGCCAUGGCCCUCCACACAAUGGGUGCCCGCGUCUUGGUUACUGAGAUCGACCCCAUCAAUGCUCUCCAGGCGGCCAUGGCUGGCUACCAGGUCACCACCAUGGAGAAGGCGGCCAGCGUUGGCCAGAUCUUCGUGACCACCACCGGUUGCCGAGACAUCCUGGUUGGCAAGCACUUCGAGGCCAUGCCCAACGAUGCUAUUGUCUGCAACAUCGGCCACUUUGACAUUGAGAUCGACGUCGCGUGGCUCAAGGCCAACGCUGCCAGCGUUCAGAAUAUCAAGCCCCAGGUUGAUCGCUUCCUGAUGAAGAACGGCCGCCACAUAGUCCUCCUGGCCGAGGGCCGUCUGGUCAACCUGGGCUGUGCCACCGGCCACAGCUCCUUUGUCAUGUCUUGCAGCUUCACCAACCAGGUCCUGGCGCAGAUCAUGCUUUACAAGAACAACGACGAGGCCUUCGGCAAGAAGUACGUCGAGUUCGCCAAGAGCGGCAAGCUGGAGAAGAAAGUCUACGUCCUUCCCAAGAUCCUCGACGAGGAGGUUGCCCGUCUCCACUUGGCCCACGUCAACGUCGAGCUCGAGAACCUCACGCCCGUCCAGGCCGAGUACCUCAGCCUUCCGGUCGAGGGUCCCUUCAAGACCGACCACUACCGCUACUAAUUUUCCCUUUUUUGUCUACCCCCUCGCACACCAACAUUGGAUCCCUUCAACAUACGGGUUCUGAAGCAUCUCAACGACAUGAAGGCAGGUUCUAUGCUAUUAGGGCAUAGAAAGUGCAACAAAGGCAUCUUUGAUACAUUCAACAGGCAUGGCUCGCAUAGCACCGGUAUGGCAGGGUAAAAACGGCGGGGGAUGGGGGGGUUUCUCUGGUACACGUUUUUCAACAAAAAAGUACGGCGUUGGCUUUAACAUGAUAUCCCCCAAACGGAAUUAGGCUUUUAACAUAGGAUGAUGAUGGUCAUUUUACGACAGGAUCCGUCAUCCCCACGCGGGGACGAGAUGGAUUCCAAACCAGCGCGUCAACCGCGGCCCCUGAUAGACAGACAGAUUAUGUGAUGGAAUAGAUGGACUGCGUGUUGUGCGCACCACCAACCCCAAGCUUCGUCUGAUGAUUCUCCUCGGUGUUCAUGUGCACA